GCCAAUGGCGUCAAAGCAGAGACUCAAAACAGCCAUUGCAAUAUACGGUUACAGAUUAAGGUAGGGCAGGGAGAAAGAGAGAGAGAGCGCGAACGGCAAGAAAGACAACACAGAGAGAAGCAAGAGGCUGCUCCAUCACCCUGCAUCCCAGACACUAACACCCAGGUCUCUCUGCAGUAUGAACAUGUCCAGCAGUUCUGCUCUGAUCCAGCAGAUCUAUCCCUUCCACGAUGGCUGGAAUGUUGCCUGCUUCAUCAUUCUCCUCCUCUUCAUUCUCACCAUCCUCUCCCUCGCCACACUGGCGUUCCUCUACGAGCUGCUGGACUGCGGAUGCUUCACCAAGACCAAAACCGUUCGUGACCUGCGCCGCCAGCACGAAGAGGUGGUUUAGUUGUAACCAUGGUGACAGCGGACACGGUCUCCAAAGGAACCACAACAGUAGAUUGGUGGAAAAGGCUGCGAAUUCGGACAGAGCUCUUCGCCAGAAUGGAGUCCUUUAAAAACACGCCAAACAUGUACAGAGACAGAAGCACUCUACUCCCAAUUGCUCCAACAGCAAUACACAGCACAGGCAUCUCGAUGGCUUAAAAUAUUAAAUGAGAUUUACACCAGAAAGAAAGGAAAAAUUUGCUUGUGUGUGCACGUCAUUGUUUCCUUUGCAUACAGUCAGUAUUCCAGUACUAUUGUUUAAUGAGUUGACUAUUUAAAACGGUUGAAUAUUC